UUCGAAGCCCGGCAGAACUUCAGCUGGACCAUCUCCUUGACUUCAUGAGAGGGGUCUAAACUUUUUUGGCACCCUUGGAGAUGUCUGAGGAAAACCUGGGGGAAGAAUCGGGCAGCUCCCCCGUCUCUCCUGUGGACAGCCUGAGUAACAGCGAGGGGGAGCCGGACAGGCAGCCCAAGAGGUCCGCGCGCAAGAAGAAGAGAACGAGCAGGAAGAACGGGGAGGACUCGGACAGCCCGACCCCGGGCAAGAGAGGCAAGAAGUCGAGCAGCAGCGGCAGCCCGCAGUCCUUCGAGGAGCUCCAGUCGCAGCGCGUCAUGGCCAACGUGCGCGAGCGCCAGAGGACGCAGUCUCUGAACGAGGCGUUCGCGGCUUUGCGCAAAAUCAUCCCCACUCUGCCCUCGGACAAACUGAGCAAAAUCCAGACGCUGAAGCUGGCGGCCAGGUACAUCGACUUCCUCUGCCAGGUGCUGCAGAGCGACGAGCUGGACUCCAAGAUGUCGAGCUGCAGCUAUGUGGCGCACGAGAGGCUGAGCUACGCCUUCUCUGUGUGGAGGAUGGAGGGCGCCUGGUCCAUGUCAACAUCUCACUAACAUCUGGGGACGUG